AUGUAUCGGAAGUUGUCUAAGUUAGAACACUCGGAAAUAAAACAACUUCUUACAGAAGCUAAUAUAGAUGUUGCAAAGCAUUACGCAACAAACAAAAAAGCACUCGCUGACAUCCUCAAUGACUAUAAUGGUGCAAUAAGUUAUGAUAGAAUUCAUGAGUUCAUAAAGCCGCAACGCGGCGAGGACGAAGUCCAUGCAAGAGCAUUUCCUUUAAAUGACGUUGCUAUUGACUUAUAUCAUAGACGUUCAGUACCUCAUGAAGUAAGAAGAGAAAUGUUUGACAUAACAAAUGCAAACGUUGGUGAAACAAGAAGAAGAGACGACACACUGAAACAACAGAGAAGAGAGAU